AUGGAUGAUUUUAAACAAUUGGGGCCAGAUGAGUUUCAAAGCUCUCAUAAAUUCCCUUAUUUGGUAGGUUUGUUGAACAGUUCUGGAAAAACCAUCGUCGAUCUAAUCCACUGUUAUGAAUCAACAGAUGAUCAUGCAGAACUAGCCAAACUAAUCGACCGACCACUAGGCGAAAUCAGCCAGUACUUUAAAGCACUACAAGCCGACUUGUCAGUAGCGCCGAGCGUGGUAAACAAUUUAUUUGAUGAGGAGGAGGAAACAAUCAGUACUGGGUUGCCAUCGAUCGAUCAAGAAUUGGGUGGUGGCGGAAUUCCCGUGGGAGAAGUGACGGAAGUGUUUGGUGCUAGUGGUUGCGGAAAAUCACAGUUUCUUUACCAAUUGGUUCACCGUUGUAUUGAGCAGUACCCUGACAGUAAACCUAUUCAUAUUGCCACUGAAACUUUUAUGGAGUCAAAAAGGUUACAGAAUAUGCUCGAUGAAGGGUUGGGUUAUCGGACAGUGGAUGCAAAGUUGGAGCGAAUAUCCUACAUAUAUUGCCCUGACUUGGAAAACCAGGACCACAUUUUAUUUACCCAAUUGCCGACAAAGUUACAGCAGGACAAACCAAAUACAAAACUACUUGUCAUCGAUUCAAUAGCCCAUCAUUUUCGACGCGAAGAUGCAAUGUCCAAUGUCAGUUUUAUGAAGGAUAAGAUAGAAGAGCAGGAGCUGCAACUUGACGACGACCCAGGCUCGCAAGAGCUUAAACGACUAAAGAACAGUUAUCUGAAGUUAGUGGGCAACAAGACAGCCAAGUAUGCAACGCGAUCAACUAAGCUACAUUAUCUAAGUCUAAUGUACCGCCAUUUAACCAGAUUGGCGAGGCAGUUCAAGAUCGCUGUCGUGGUGGUAAACCAAGUUAGCGAUCAUACUGCGGAUUUUGCCAAUUCAAAAACGUCUGUUGUUGACGAUGAUGAUUUAUCAUAUCCCUUGAAUUUAGAUUUCCAAAUCCCUAUAGCAUCAGGAUGGGACCCAAAAACAAUAUUCAAAUAUCUACCCCCGUCACACGUACAAUUAAACGAACGAGAUUUAGAGUUGUUAGAUUUGGAAUUACAGAAAUCGUUUGAUUCAAACUCCUCCUCCUCAAAUAAACGAAAAAAAGUAACAGAUGAAAAUGGAACUAGAUCUGUCCCUGUUGAAGAGGAUCCGCGGAUGAACAAGACAAGGAUAGCUGACAUACGUGAAACACAAGCAGAUCUAAUUAUGAAAGCGCAUGAGUUGAGGAAUAAAAACACAAAAAGAAUAGUACCUACGUUGGGGUAUCCAUGGGCAACCCGAAUACAAAAUAGAAUCAUGUUGAUGAAAACGUACAAGCCCCAAUUAAAGACAAGGGAAGAGUUGAUUAGAGAAAGUGAAGCUAAUGGAGGCGUAGAUUUGGAAACUGGACUAUCCUAUGCUCAACUUUGUGAAGGAUUCACCUUGGGAGCAAACGGGCGUAAGGAGAAUCAGUCACAGCAACCUGCAUCUGCAUCUUCUCCAACAUCCACUAGUGCAGAUCCACAGUCAAGCACCUCUCUGUUGAUCAAAGGCUGGCAAGUUGAACGAUUCAUCAAGGUUGUUCUGUGUUCACAUAAUUCAAGCAAUGAUAGAUUCAAAAACUAUGCCUUCACAAUUGAUAAACAGGGGUUAGAUCAAGUUUAA